AUCAAAAUAAAAAAUUUGACAUUCGCAACUCGCCAAUGUUUUCUAACCAAAUCGUAUUUUAACACUGAAUUUGCGUUUAUUUUAAAGCCAUGAAUAAACUUACAACGUUUACUAUAAAGGAAUUGCAAAAAGGCUACAUCGACAAACUGUUUACGCCCUCAAAUAUCAUAGACUUAAGUUUGCAAAGAGUGAAACAGACGAGUGAAUUGAACGCUUUUAUCACGGUAACUGGUGAUAUCGCGAAAAGGAAUGCAUAUGAAAGUGAGAAAAGAUUAUUUGUAGACCAAAAACCACGUUCCCUUGACGGUAUUCCUAUAGCAAUCAAAGAUAAUUUCUGUACCAAAGAUGUACCAACAACAUGCGGUUCGAAGAUGUUAAAAAACUUCGUACCGACUUACAACGCAACAGUUUACGCUAAAUUAGCUAACGCUGGCGCCAGUCUGAUCGGAAAAACUAAUUUAGACGAAUUUGCGAUGGGCGCAGGUACGGUAGACUCCAUAUUUGGCCCCACAAUGAAUCCCUGGCAAUCUGAUGCAAAUUGGAGAAUAGCUGGUGGUAGUUCCGGAGGCAGUGCUGUCGCAGUAGCAUCAGGAGCUUGUGUAGCCGCCAUUGGUUCAGACACUGGUGGCUCCACCCGGAAUCCCGCUGCCUUAUGUGGUGUAGUCGGCUUAAAACCAACAUACGGACUAGUCUCUAGAUAUGGAUUAAUACCGUUAGUAAACUCAAUGGAUGUACCUGGUAUUUUGACUAGAAGCAUAGAGGAUUUAGCUCUUGUUUUAAACUGUGUAGCUGGCCAGGACGAAUUGGAUUCCACUACACUUAAAUUUAAGUAUGAACCUGUAGAAAUUAAAAAAGACUUCGACUUAUCUAAAGUAAGAGUUGGUAUACCAAAAGAAUAUCAUUGUAAGGGCAUGAGUGAAGAAGUUAUUGAUAUAUGGAGGAAUGUUACGGAUUUUCUAGAAAACAAUAAAUGUGAGGUGUCCUCAGUGUCUUUACCGCACACAUCAGUUUCUAUAGCUGUCUAUUCUAUUCUUAAUCAAUGUGAAGUAGCCAGUAACAUGGCUAGGUAUGAUGGACUAGAAUACGGAUUGAGAACCAACAAUGAUAAUUCUACAGAGGAAUUAUAUGCUUCAACACGAUCAGAGGGCUUCAAUAAUGUCGUACGAUCAAGAAUAUUCUCUGGAAACUACUUUUUACUGACCAGGAACUACGAAAAGUAUUUCCUUAAAGCUCUCAAGCUUCGUAGAUUGAUAUCUAAUGAUUUUGAUUCAGUAUUUACUGGUGAUGACAAAGUAGAUUUGUUAUUAACGCCAACAACUUUAACUGAUGCUCCGACAUACAAAGAUUUUGCGUCAAAACAUAAUAGAGACCAGUGUGCUUUACAAGAUUAUUGUACGCAGCCAGCGAACAUGGCCGGAAUCCCUGCUCUGUCCAUACCUAUACGGUUAUCUAAGAACAAUUUACCACUAUCUCUACAGUUGAUGGGCCCAGCAAAAUCAGAAGAAUUGUUAAUAAAUGUAGCAAAACACAUUGAAAAUUAUGUUAAUACAGACACACUCAACAAUUUAAACAUAUCAAUAGAGGCUCUACCGCAUAAAUGUCAGCACAUACUCCAACAAGUAGCCAAGAAUCAACUCGAACUAGAUCUCGAACAGCUAGACCCAAUCUCCAUAAACCUACUUUCAACCAAACACCAGACAGAAAUAAUAGAAGAAGAAUACGAGAUACUGAAACUGAAACAGAAGAAUGAGGAGUUACAGAUGAAGAUUGACAGAAAUAAUAAGUUUAUUGACGAAAUGAAAGACGAUUUGAAAUGCUCGAAGCAGUCGUUGGCAUCACAAGACCCGAAUCCUGAUAACGUGCAGGAUUACAUCAGACAGCUGAAGACAAAAUUGGCGUCUUAUGAAGAUAACUGUGAAAAAGCACAGAACAAACUGACAGUUCUCGCGGUGCCCGACGCCAUCUUGCCGAAGUCUCUUACGUCACUGAUGACGACACUCGCCUCGCUCCGUGAAGAGGCUGCCGAGCUGAAACUACGAGCUGACGACGUGAGGAUGAUCAGGGAAGCCAGAGAUACUUUUAAUAGGCUGAGGAGAUAACCUUGGACUAGAAUAUGCGCAGAAUAUCGACAACACACUUGCAACUAUUCUGAUGUUGCGAGUGUCCAUGGGCGACGGUAGUUG